AUGGUGAAGAACCUGACCAAGAGCCUUAAAAAAAUCUGGAAAUACUGCGUCAGCCUGGGCGCCCACCUCAAGCAACAAAUGACCGACAAUGCCAUCAAGAACCACUGGAAUUCGACACUAAAGAAGCGAGUCGAGCAGGAAGGGACCAGCCGCAGGAGGGACUCUGCGUCUAAGCAGCGGCCGGUGCUGGAGCGGCGAUCCAAGCCUCAGAGCAUUGCCGUGAAGCAGGAGCCUGCUGAGUGCAAGCAGGAGUAUGUGGUUCCUGUCGAAUGUGUGCCCUACCACACGACAUCUGUGUCCACCCCAAUCAUCGUGUCCGCCACUGAGACUCUGUGGCAGCCCGAGGAGUUUGCUGCCGUGCUGUCCACGUCGGGCGGAGACGUGAAGCCGGCCAAGGUUGAAGGUGGCACGCCACGCCAAACCAAGUGUGAGGAUGGCAGUGGCUCGGAGUACAUCGACAUCAAUGACCUCCUUUCACCACUCAAGGACAUCAACGUUGAGGAGCUGGAGACUGCGACGGCAGCGCGCAGCCCCAGUGGCUCGUUUGGGCAGCUCACUGCGUUGGACCUGGUUGAGGGCACCUGUGUCACACCUCACGUCACCCCGGUCAAGUUUGCCACAUCAGGUGCGUGCAGGCAGCUGUGUCACCGGCAAGUUUAG